AUGGCCCAACUAUGUGCUAACCUAUUUAGAUUGAAAGAUGUAAUCAUUCAGAUCGGAAAUGGUAUCUUCGCCCAAAAUGGCACCACGUUCGAUGCGCGCUACGAUAAGCUAGCGAAGGAUCUGUACCAGAGCGAGCUGCAGCAGCUAGACUUUGUCCAGGACGAGACCGGUUCCGUGCGCUACAUCAACAACUGGGUGAACAAUCAAACGCACGGCCGCAUCGCGGACAUUGUGUCGCACAUCAGCCCCGACACGAUCCUGAUGAUCGUGAACACGCUGUACUUCCGCGGUCUGUGGGAAGAACCGUUCCAACCGCUCGCUACCCGCAACCGACGCUUCUUCCCGAACGGACCCGACGGCCCAGACUCGUUCGACAUUCCGAUGAUGGCCAAAAGCCAUUGCAUGCCGUACUACUACUGGCAGGAGGAAAACGUGCGCGUGCUUGGCGUACCGUACCGUCAGAACGUCACCAUGUACAUCUUCAUGCCGAUGAACUCUACGCGCGAGCUGGUACAAUCGCUGCAGACCAAAAUUUCGGCCGAAAAAGUUAACGAGAUUGUGACGAAAAUGAAGAUGAAGUCCGUUACACUGCUGUUCCCCAAGAUGCACAUCUCCAACUCGAUUAGCCUGAAGAGUGUGCUGCAGCAGCUCGGCGUCUACACCCUGUUCGAGCGCAACGAUGCCGAUCUGUACCGUCUGCUUACCGGGCUAAACCGUCACGGUGCCGAAGAAACGCUCGACAUUCUGGAUGUGCUGCAGGACACGAAGGAAAACGCCAUCCGCCAGCUGCAGCAACAGAACCCCGAGUGCAUCAUAGUGGAGCGAAACGGUAUCGAGCGGGGCGACUGUCUGAAGGAACAUUGCGCCUACGGGGGUCAGGUGUGCGUGUGCUGUGUGGAGCAGGACGAUGACUUCCGGCGUCGUCGCCGGCGGAAUACAUUCGGCGGCAUGACCGCGUCGAAAAAUGAAUCGAUCUUUGUCAACGAAAUGCUGCACAAGGUGGACCUGACGGUGAAUGAGCGCGGUACGGAGGGUGGUGCGGCGACCGCAACGCUGAUCGAUCGCAUCUCGUCCCAGGUUAGCUUCAUCGUCAACGGACCGUUCAUCAUAAUGAUCAGAGAGGAACCGACGCGACUGCCACUGUUUUACGGAAGUGUUUACAAUCCUAAGUAG